AUGCACAUGGGCACAGCUGGUUUGCUCGGGAGCAGGCGGUAUGUUGGUGUUUCGGCAUUGGUGGCGUCAUUGGUGCAACCGAAGACAUUGAAGGUACGGCCACCUUCUAGCGCAGUUAGUCCGAUUAAUUAUCGGUAUGAAUAUGAAGAUGAAAAUGAUUACGAAUAUGAAAAGAAUUAUCGGUAUGAAUAUGAAGAUGAAAAUGAUUACGAAUAUGAGCAUGAAUAUGAAAAGAAUUAUCGGUAUGAAUAUGAAGAUGAAAAAAGUUAUGGAUAUGACCAUGAAUAUAAAUAUAAAUAUGAGUAUGAAUAUGAUUGUGAAUAUGAAUAUGUUUAUGAGUAUGAAUUAGAAAGUGAGCAAUUUACAAUUGAUUGUGGUGCAGAGCGCUGCAGUAUGCUUGCUGGUGGUAGUAAUUGUGCGGCGAGUCCUGCUCAAUUAAAUGCGCCUCCACUUCUACGCUUAGCGCCUCCAUAUGUUUUUCUUUUUCCUCUGCUUUUUCUUAUUCUGCUUGUGGUUCAUCUUCCUUUUCUGUUUGCAGGUCCACGCGCACGUAAACCCAAGAAGUUGUCCGGUGAGAAGGGCAACAGCAGCGGCGGAUCGAAUGGCAGCGGAAGCGGUGGAAGUAGUGCUGCCACAGCCGAGGAUAAACGACCGCGUACGGCGUUCAGUGGCUCGCAAUUGGCGCGCUUAAAGCACGAGUUCACCGAGAAUCGUUACCUGACCGAAAAGCGACGCCAGCAGCUCAGCUCCGAAUUGGGUCUGAAUGAAGCGCAGAUCAAAAUCUGGUUUCAAAAUAAACGUGCCAAACUGAAAAAGUCUAGUGGCACGAAAAAUCCCUUGGCUCUACAAUUAAUGGCGCAAGGACUCUACAAUCACUCGACGAUUCCACUGACGCGCGAAGAAGAAGAGCUGCAAGAAUUGCAGGAGCGUGAAAACGCAGCAGCGGCAGAGGUAAGAAGUGGUGGUACAACAUCAACAACAACAACAACUGUGUCUACGUAGAUGCAAGAUCGACUGCGGUAAAUGAAGUCCUUUUCAAGUGAACGAAAUUCAACAGCAACGAAGAAAUUGUUACUAACUACUUAAGUAAUUUAGUAAGAAUAUUAACGAAAUGUAUGUAUACGUGUAUAAAUUAUAAUGUACAAAAUGCCUAGAAAUAUUAAUAAGAGAAGUAUGAAAAAUGGUGGAGUGAUGAACGUUGUGUGGGCAGUUAGCUUUGGCUGGCAUUUAAUAUCUCGAAAAUUAUUUGAUUUAAUUAAAUUGAAAGUAAAUUAUGAGUACAUUUGAAGAGAUUCUAACGAGGAAGUUUUGAUAGAGAAAUUUAACGUGUUUCACUAAUCCUUCGUUGGUCACAUGGGUGCAUAGAACCGUUUGCAAAAAAGUGGCAAUCAUGCAAGACAAAUUCAAGCUGCCUGAAGGCCAGUCGCAUGCAAGAAAUCUGAGGACGUUGCUGAGUCAUCCAAUAUGAAUGAGUGAAUGAAAACGUUUGUUUUUCUGCUUGUGAGCGAUUCCAUAUCGAGUGAUUCCAAUGUUUUGGGCAUUAUCGUAAAUGUUUCCGAAAAUACGAUUAUUUGGCGGCUUAAGUUUAAUAGGAAUUAAACUGAAAAUUUUGCUUAAAAAACUGAAUAAUUUUGGAGACUUCGUAUAGAGUGUUUUCAAAAUUUUUGUAAUUUUCUUUUUUUUAAUUUUAUAAUAAAAUAUGCUUUGAAACAAUUUUUUUGUUUUGGCAAUAAUUUUUAGUUUUUGAACAAAAUUUCUGGGAAUAUUUUUUGUAUUUUUUUUUAAACAAAAGUUUUUUUAUCACAGUUUUUCAUUAUCAAUCCCUGAAAUUUUCAUAGUGAGAUUCCUACAACUUUUGUCAUAACGUAUUCAAAUACGUACAGCGAACCAGUGAAAAAUAGUAAGUUGAAUGAUUUUUUAAUAACAAAGUGAACUUACUCUAAAUAAAAAAAAUGUUAAAAUGUUAAGCCAAAAUAAAGCAACCUUUUCUAUUGUAAUUAAUAUAAAUAUUUUUUAUAGCUUAAAAUUAAAAUUUGUUUUCCUAUCUUCUUAAUUGACGUGACUUUUUCGGUUUUAUUAUAAUUAGCAGCUAAAUUAAACUUUUAAAAAUGGUAAAAUUUGGUUUCGCGUUUGCAAAUAAAAAAAAAAGGAUUUUUAAUUACUUCCAUGCAUUAUUAAACGUGCGAUGCAUUAAAUUUUCGUGUGCCAGUAUCUCCCCUCUAAAUAUUCCCAAGGUCGUAUUUCUAUCAACUCUGGGAUUAAUUUUUGAAACCACUGCCUUGCAAAUAUCAGUUAAAGCAAAAUAUGUUCUUUUAUUUCACAAACUUCUACUUUUAUUAACAAGUUACGUGUAAUAGAACCUUUAAAAACAUAUUAAUUAAUUUCAUUUUCUUUAUAUUU